GUUCAACGGAGUGCAAAGUGUAUUCAGUGACCAUGAGAGUAAUAGUGUUAUUGUCUGUAAUUGUGAUUAGUGUUUAUGCCCAGGAAAGUUACGACAAUACCGGUGUUCGAUUAGCUUUAGAACUUUACGAUAAUUGCUCGAAAGCUGAUGGAUUAUCGCCGUGUUUAAAGAAAAAAGCCAUUACUAUGCUCGAUAAUUUGGGUCGAAUGGAUAACCUGACUCUCGCUGAUGGAAUUGUGUGUCAUAAAAAUUUAGAUGCACCUAAAGAUGGACCAGCUGUAACGGAAGAACAACUAGAUCAAACUUUACCGAGAUCUUCAGAUGCUAAAGAUGCAGCUCUUACCGAAAUGCUUUUUGAUAAGAUCAGCAACUUCAUUGGAUCCAGAUCAAUCGAAGUCGCUUUGCCGAAAAUUUCUGCGUCAGAACUUAUCGAAGCAGGCCGAAAAGGAGACUUUGACUUCGACUUCGGCGACAGUGGCGGGAAAAAAGGAGGAAAAAGACGUAAAGGUGGAAAAGGUGGAAAGGGAGGCAAAAAGGGCAUGAUGGAAGGCAUGAUGAUGUUGAUUGGUGCGAAACUAGCAGCGUUAAUUCCUCUAUCCAUCGGUGUUAUCCUGUUUAUUGCUAAGAAAGCCCUCAUUACAGCAAAAAUUGCCCUUCUCAUAUCUGGAAUCAUCGCUUUCCAGAAGCUUUUCGGAAAUAAAAAAAUGGGAAUGGGUGGAAGCGGUCAUGGUGAAUCUGGAGGAGGUAUCAGCAGUUGGCUUCCUGGAGGAGGCAGUAGCGGUUGGCAAGCUGGAGGUGGUGGUGGAGGAUGGCAAUCCGGCGGUGGCGGCUAUGAUAGGAGGUCGUCCAAUGAAGCGCAAACAUUAGUUUAUAACGCUUAUAGCCAAUAAUGAAUUCAAUUUUAGUCACUGAAUUUUGUUAAAACAAUAUAAUUGACCGUUUUGUGGUCAAUGUUUAUAGAAACGUUUGAGUUUCUUGUUAGAUUAUUUAUUG